AUGGAUUCAAUUUUUCGCCCGUGUAUCGAGUACCAGCGUGGAAGCACAGAACUCGUCAUCUUUUCACGUGAGGUGAAGCAACUUGUCACUGUUGCAUACCCAAAGUCGGGUCGUUUCCGCAUUUGUCCUUAUGGCUUGGCAGAUUACUUGCAGCGUCGAGGGCUUUUCAUAGAAUGUUUCUGCGGCAUGCUCUCAGACACACCUUGUUCCACCAGGAUUGUGGACUCUGCCGUGAAUGGGCAUGUCUUGAUGCAGUGUGCUAAUGAGCAGUGCGGAUUUAGAGCCAACAUCACAGAUAUUUAUCACACAUCUUUUUUUACCUCUAGUUACGAAGAACUGCCAACACUCGUUGCAAACCCCCAACCUAACAUGAAUCCAGUUCAUGAUGCCUUCCGCCAGCUUGCUCCUAAUGAGCAUGACAUUGCGCCCUACUUCCACGGCUAUCUCGGAUCCCAUGUCUCAGUUUGGCCCGACUUUCGACAACUCCGUGGUUUAGUUGGUGCACCCUCAGCAAAUCCACGUCCAUUUAUCCGACUAGUUCAUCGUCGUGCUGGAUCUAUUCAAGGUGCUGCUGCUAGUCAGUUGUCAAUGGCGGCUCGUCGUGGACAACGUGUAUCCACACGUCUCCCGCUCGGACAAGACAGUGGCAUGGUUGUGAUGAACAGGCUCUCGGCCUAUGAAACAGGUCUUCUUGCUGACCUCUCCGGUGAGACAGGUCCUACUAUCACAUCUUUGCUUCUCGCCUUAGCGAACAACAUGCAGACACCCCACUCGGCACUCAAUAUCUCUGGCUCUGUUUCAGAUAUCAUCGGUGCACUACAAAACAUCCUCGCACGCUCGCAAGUGAUUAUUCCAGUCCUUGAAACUCCAUACUCCAGAUUCCACAAUACAGAGCACUCUACCAUAGAGCUCGAACGCCAGAGCGUCAUUAACAUUAUCGCUCACCGACAGCAGCAAUUGGGUACAGUCCUGUACGAGCUCUCGGGCCUGGAGGCCGUGAUAGAUGGCGUUGUCAGCAUCAUCGGUGAGCGCCGGCAGCAAUCGGAUGCGGUUCUGGACGAGAUCUCGGAUCUGGAGGCCGUGAUGGACAGCAUCAAAAAUAUUCAUCAGCAAGUCGUCGAAAAGAAGGAGAAGAUUAUGCAGUCGAUGAAUUUGCACAAGGGACUCCUAUCGGCUCUCUGGCGCCUGCCAACGGAGGUCUUAUCCCAAAUAUUCAACCACUGUCUCCCUGAAACCAUAUUUUCGCUAUCCCCAUUGAACCUCCGAGUUAAGGCCCCCGUACUGUUAACAAGAAUAUGCCAACGAUGGAGGGAGGUUGCUGUAUGUACGCCCGAUUUAUGGUGCAGGUUGUAUGUGGAAGCCAACGACGGAGGCUGGGAGCAGGCAGCUUUCUGCUAUGACUUGUGGCUCAAGCGUUCACGAGGACGUCUGCUCUCGUUAGAACUCGGGUACCACUACUCGCCCAAACUACGAAGUCUUCUUCAGCCUCAUAUGAGGCGUAUAAGAUUUCUCCGAGUCUCUGUCGAUUACUUCCGGGGUGGACGCCCUCCGCUGUCUGCUAUUGACCUCCCAGCACUUCAGGAGCUGACCAUAUAUGUAAUGGUAAAUCAUGAUAUUCCAAUUAUUGCACAAUUUAUCUCGCGACUGCCGUCCACUAUGCGCAGUCUCAAGUUCAUUGACAUGAUGCCGGUUUUCAGCAUCGAGCACUUGUCUUCUUUAGGCCCUGUAUGGGUUUACUUGACGGAUGUCCGGAUCGCCGUAUGGUACCCGAACGCAUUCCUCCAUUUGCUUCAGUUAUGUCCCGACCUCUCUUCCUCAAAUGUCCGCGUAGAUUUUGACCAAAUGGGACCCUUUAAAUCAUUCACGCACACAAAAUUACAAUCCUUAUGCAUCAUCCUUCAUGAUAGGCCUUCGCUCACGCGCCCUUUAUCUGACUUGUUCAACGCUGUAUCACUCCCCAAAUUGCGCGCGCUAGAAGUUCGCCGCAAUAGCCACAUUAAUGCAUCUUUUCGGCCUCAUGAGGAUAUACAGGCAUUUUUGGCACGGUCAAUGUGUCCCCUGGAGACCCUGACUAUCGGUGGUCGAUCGAUGAUAACAGAUGCGCAGCGAGCGGAAUACAUUUCCCUCAUUCCUUCCCUUGAAGUAGUGAAUUACGGUUAUGGAUACUUUUGA